AUGGUAAGAAACACGACAGUUGCGAGCAACAUCCUGCGAAUCCAAGGCUUCGACAUUUCUCCGGAGUUCACGUACCCCGUGUUCUUCCUGCUGCUGUUUGUUUACUCCUCCCUGCUUUUCUCCAACAUCGGCGUUCUGGCGCUCAUCAUCAGCGAGAAGAGUUUGCACCAGCCCAUGUACCUGCUCUUCUGUAACCUGCCCAUCAAUGACCUGAUAGGUAACACUGUGAUGCUGCCUCAGGUGAUGGCUCGCAUCUCCACCGAGCGCUUCAUGACCUACAACCAGUGCGUGGUCCAGGCCUUUUACAGCCACACGUGCUCGGCCUCGCACAUGAUCCUCGUCAUCAUGGCCAUUGACAGAUACGUGGCCAUAUGCCACCCGGUGUACCACUCCACCAUGACGACCAGAGCCGUGAUCGUCCUGUCGGCGAGCGUGGGGAUGUCGCUGGUGCUCGUGACUGUUCUGAUGGGCCUGACGGUGAGGCUGUCUCGUUGUAGGUCAGUGAUCCAAAACGCGCACUGUGACAACGCGUCGCUGUUCAAGCUGUCAUGCGAGGACGUGUCCAUCAACAACAUCUACGGACUCUUCUUCACCGUGCUGCUGUUCAGCUGCUCAAGGGGCAUCGCCUUCACCUACUUCAGAAUAGCCCUCAUCUGCUGGAUCAAGAAGAGCAAGGAGCUGAACAACAGAGCCCUGCAGACGUGCGCGAGCCACCUCGUCCUCUACCUCAUUAUGCUCUGGUCGGGAUUCUUAACCAUCAUAUUGCAUCGUGUACCAAAUUACCCAGAUUUAAGGAAGAUCGCAUAUAUUCUGUUUCUUGUGGUCCCUGCUAACUUGAAUCCGAUCAUUUAUGCAAUGCAAACGAGAUUAUUACGUGAUAAAAUUAUUCAGAUAAUUCGCAGGAAGGUGAUUGCGACCUAA